AUGGAUGCCAAACAGGAUCCCUACACCUGGGAAGGUGCAACUGGAUGGCGGCAAUAUCGAAUGCUAAGACCAGGCCGUGGAAUGUACCACGACGUCAAAAGACGACUACCAUACUACUGGAGCGAUAUCACAGAUGCUGUGACAUAUAGAACAUUCGCCGCUACAGUUCGAAUGUACUUUGUCAAUCUAUUACCAGCGUUAGCAUUCUUGCUAGACAUGAACCGUCAUACAGAUGGCUUCUUCGGUGUGAAUGAGGCAUUGUUCUCUUCUGCACUUGCAGCAAUCGUGUUUAGCACUCUGGCUGCCCAACCACUAACGAUCGUCGGCAUUACUGGACUGAUAUCCCUUUUCAACUAUACCAUCUACGAUAUUGCCGUAAAGCAGGGUAUUCGCGACCUGUAUCCGGAGUUUCUGGCCUGGGUUGCCAUCUGGGCAGCAAUCACUCAUUGGAUAGCAUCAUUUGGCAACCUUUGUGAUUACAUGCGAUUCAUUACCGAUUUCUCAAGUAAUGCUUUCGGCAUGUAUGUCGGUAUCAUCUAUAUGAUCAAGGGUGUCCAAGAACUCAUUGCUCAAUUCUACGAGAGCACACAUACGGCCGGCUUCCUUAGCAUUGUUGUCGCACUGUGCUAUUGGUUCACAGUCUAUGCAUUGGAAAUGCUUCCACACACCAUUGUCUUUACUCCAGUCACUCGCAAGAUUCUGUCUGACUACGCAUAUCCCAUCGCCACCCUAUUCUGGACUGGCUUUGUGCACAUUCCAGGAACCAUCAAAUCAGCAGACGUGCUCACGUUGCCUAUCACUAAAGCAUUCUACCCCUCAACUAACCGCAGCUGGUUGAUUCAUUUCUGGGAUCUUCCCGUCAAGUGGAUCUUUGUCGCUUUGCCCAUUGGCAUACUUGUGACCUUGUUGUUCUACUAUGACCACAACGUCAGCAGUAUCAAUGCUCAAGCAAGACAAUAUCCUCUCAAGAAGCCCGCUGGAUUCCAUUGGGACUUUGCUCUCCUGGGUGUCACAUGUUUUAUCGCUGGUAUCAUUGGAAUUCCUAUGCCCAACGGUCUGGUCCCUCAAGCUCCUGUCCACACAGACUCUUUGACCGAGUACAAGGACAAACUCGUCAUCAGUCACGAAACCGAGGAUAACAAUGGUCAGCCCAUGGAGCGCAGGAAGAAGAUCUUUGUCGCCGAGGCGGUAGUUGAGCAACGCAUCAGUCAUUUCCUAAUGGGCCUCGGCAUCGUAGGCACAAUGACCGGUCCUCUCCUCAUUGUGCUGCACACGAUGCCCCGCUGUCUCUUCUGUGGUGUCUUCUUCGUUGUCGGUUGGGGCUCAAUUGAAGGCAACGGCAUGACGCAAAAACUCCUUUUCCUCAUCAAGGAACACCGUUUCAUCGAUCCAUCCGAGCCACUCUUACAGGUUUCGAGGAGAAAGAUUAUGCUCUUCCUUCUUCUCCAGAUCCUGGGUGUUGGUUUCAGCGUCGCCAUCUCGCAGACUAUUGGCGCUAUCGGGUUCCCUGUCAUCAUUAUAUCGCUUAUUCCUCUGCGCUGGUCGCUGAUGCCACACUUCUUUACGCGCAGAGAACUGGAGAUCAUGGAUGCACUCACCGCGGAUUCUGAUGUCGUGCUGUGCAGUUUUGGUGGUAAACCUGUUAUGCCCGAAGUUGCACUAGAAAGAAAGAGACGAGGUUUCACUGCUGAGGAAGAGGGAGAUAGUGGGCAUAUGAGUGAUAAAGAAAAGGACAGUUCCACUCCAGGAGAGGAGAGUCCUGAGCUGAGGAGGAGGUUAGAAUUAGAGCAGUCGGGUCGUGGAAAUGGGCCUUACACUGCUGGUAAGCAUGAUUAG